UUGUUGUGUUGACCUGCCAGUCAGUCAGCAAAACGUCAAAGUUAUUAAAGAUUUAUUAAAGUUAUGGCUCCGGUUUCUAACCCAGAGAAAGAUAUGGAUGCUCCUGAUGCUCCCGAUGCUCUGGAUGGCGAUGCUGGAGGGCUGGCCAUGUCUCGCUCCAGACGAGAGAAGAAGGAGAAGACGGGCAGGAAAUCUGCUCUGGAGCAACUGAAGAAAGCCAAGAGAGGCGAGAAGAUCAAAUAUGAGGUGGAAAAGUUUUCCAGUGUGUACGAAGAGGUGGACGAGCAGCAGUACUCUGAGAUGGUACGAGGACGACAAGAGGACGACUGGAUCAUUGAUGACGAUGGGACGGGAUACGUGGAGGACGGGAGAGAAAUCUUUGACGAUGAUUUGGACGAUGAUGUAGUAGAAAACAACAAAGGAAAGGCCGGUUCCAAAGGAGCAGCCUCAAAGAAAAAUAUGAAGAAAUCUGUCGUCGCCAAGUCCAACACCAUCAAGAGCCUCUUCAUGAACAGCAAUGUGAAGAGACCGACUGAGAAAGACGUGGAUCUGUCAAAAGAUGACCUAUUGGGAGACAUCUUACAGGACCUGCACUCUGAGAAACCGUCUCUUCUCACUCCUCCUCCAGGGAUCACUCUGAAGAAGAAGAAGAAGUCCCUGGGAUCCCCCAUGAAUCCCUUUUCCAUCAAGCAAAAGGAGUCACCGUCAGCUAGCGGGCAGAAGGCGAAGGUUAUCAUCAGACCGCCGCCCUCUGACCCGACCCCCAGACCUUCAUCCCGCCUCCCCUCCUCUUCAUCAGCUCCUCCUGUGAAGAAGAAGGUGGCGGAAGUGGAGAAGAUGGAGGAAGAGCAAGCGGACGACGCUCUGGGGUUCGAUGAGGUGGACUUUGACGAGCCGAUGGAGGUCGGACUUGAGGACGAGAAGCCUGCGAUUAAAGAUGAUCCCGAGCCUUCGUCUGAAGCUGCAGAAGUGAAGGUGGAGCCGAAAGCAGAUCCUCAGGAUCCUGUCUUAGUGUCCAGCAGGGCGGGCAGCUCGUGGGGUCAGGAGGAGGAAGGAGGGGUCAGCGAGUCUCAAGUGGAGGUGCAGGUCGACUCCAGCAAACUCCCGCUGGUGGAGGGAGCGGACGGGGAGCAGGUUUUCCGCUUCUAUUGGUUAGACGCCUUCGAAGACGCCUACAACCAACCAGGUGUGGUGUACCUGUUUGGAAAAGUGUGGAUUGAGUCUGCAGAGUCUCACGUCAGCUGCUGCGUCUCCGUCAAGAACAUCGAGAGGACCAUGUACCUCCUGCCGAGGGAAUAUAAAGUGAACACAAAGAACGGGGAGGUGUCCGACUCUCCCGUGGGAAUGAUGGACGUCUAUCAGGAGUUUAACGAACUCUCUGAGAAGUUCAGGAUCAUGAAAUUCAAAUCUAAGAAAGUGGAGAAGAGCUACGCCUUUGAAAUCCCCGACAUUCCCUCUCAGAGCGAGUACCUGGAAGUCAGAUAUUCUGUGAGUGGACGCAUCUCAUCUUGUGGUUUUAGAGGAUACUGGGAGAUGUUUGCGAUCGCGCCCCCCUGCCCCACCAGGCUGUUGCGGAGGUGCCCCAGGUCCGAGGCAGAUGAUGAGUUCAGGGUCCAGUUUGAACACAGGACACACGAGUCGUCUGACAGGAAAGGAUCAGCCACCAGCGGACUGACCAGCGCUCCAACGCCUAUGAAGAAAUGCAAGGCCUGGGAGCUGAUGAGCCAGCCGGUCAGCUGGUGCAAAGUGGAGGCUCUCGCUGUGAGGACGGAUCUCGUCUCGGUGGUCAAAGACCUGUCGCCGCCCCCCAUAACCGUCAUGUCCAUCAGCCUGAAGACCAUCCAGAACCCAAAGACACACCACAACGAGAUCGUGUCUCUGGCGGCUCUCAUCCACUAUGAGUUCCAGAUGGAUAAAGCUCCUCCUCAACCUCCGUACCAGGCAAACUUCUGUGUGGUCAGUAAACCGGUUGACUGUAUCUACCCCUACGACUUCAAAGAUGCCGUGAAGAAAAAGAACGGUAAAGUGGAGAUCGCUUCUACAGAGCGGACUCUGCUCGGCUUCUUCCUCGCCAAGAUGCACAAAAUCGACCCCGAUGUUCUGGUGGGUCACGACAUCUUUGGCUUCGACCUGGAAGUGAUUCUGCAGAGGAUCAACGUGUGCAAGGUGCCCCACUGGUCUAAGAUCGGACGCCUCAGGAGAUCAAACAUGCCCAAACUAGGG